AUGGCAACUGAACGUUCACUUGCACGUCUGCUGCGUUCGCUGCAGGCGACCUCAAGCUUUGAAGAUGCUGCUGGUCUCCUUCCCACAGCGACAAGUUUUUUGUCGGUCCUUGGUAAUCCGUUGAACUUGACGCUUCUCGCAUCGCAACUUCUCUCCGCGCCUGCCCUCUGGGACCACCCGGUCGAUUUACAAGCAUGUCGCAAACUCAUGAGCGUUUUUAACACCGCCGCCAUCGCGGUCCUGCACAAUGAUAACAUUGAAGAACCCCGGAUGCCGCAUGGACGGAAUCGGAGCAUUGAACGUGAAGCAUGGGCGAAGGCGGUGGUUCAGGGCGCAGAUGACAAGUCUCCCCGUUGGCGACACAUGAUCCUACUUGGCGGCAUACUCCUGGGAUUUGAGGGACAGAAUCGACAGGGACUCCCGUGGACCAUUCGAACAAAACUUGAAUCUGCACUGGCAACAGCAGCCCAAUUGGCAGUGGAGGGGCUGGAUCCCGAAGCGGGGAUAGAUGGCCAUUGCAUCACCAUGGUGCUGAACUACACGUUUGAGCUAUUAUCAGAUCUGCAAAGGAAAAAAAUCGAUUAUGAUCGAUUAUUGCCUGUUAUGGUAAAAUCCGUUUUCUUUUCUCCGGAAGGACUCGAAGGAGGGUUCUUUUUGGGAGCGAUUGAUGACGACGUUGUUGAAGCUCCAGGGAAGAAAUUCCAAUGGAAAGCCGAUUCAAGGACGUUUGGUUAUUUCUCUGCUAUUUCUGCUCGCCCGCUAGUAUCAGCGUUGGGGCCUUUGUCCCGGUUGAUUUCUCAUGCUGUUGAGAAUGCCCAGAACCCGCAAUUGGUUGCGCAAACGGUCGAUUAUAUGGCCGACUUUGUACGGACCUUGAUGGUGCAGUGGCGACAAAAUAAACUCUCUGAGAUAGAUGUCGCAGAGGAAAAGGACUUCUUAGAUGCUGAUACGUUACAAACCACUAUUCCGGAGCUCUGGAAGGUUCUCCGGAAUUGCUUGUAUUCGGUGGUGAUUGUCCUUCGCGCGGUUCUUGGUAGAACAAUCAACGACCCUGCUCUCGCAGCCCAUGGUAGUGCGCCGUACCUGUCUAUGCAAUCUCUUCAUAUUCUUCGCAAUCUCUACUUUAUCUCCUCUCGCACAGGCCAGAAUGGAUCGUCGCAACAAAGCUUCGUCUUCCUGACCGCUAUCGAUAUACUUUCCCAAUACCCUGACUUGGCCGAAAAUUUCCUACGCAGUAUCAAGCCUGGGGAUAUGGGCCAAAUUCCUGACCACCCAGUGGAACGAUGCUUGGAUCUGUUCUUCUUGAAUGCUGCGGAACAUUUCCCUCUGGUGCUAUCACCCCAGGCUAAUGAGGAUCUUCUCUUAUCCGCUGCAUUCCCGUACCUUGCAGCUGGUGCUAACAGUCUUCUUCUGGAAAUAUUUGAAGCCGCUCACAGCGUGGUGCUCGUUGUAUUCGCUAUAGCCCAUAAUUCGGAGCUGGCUGCCAAGCAUCUUCCAUUCUAUAUUGACAACCUAUUCGCGGUGUUCCCCGAAAACCUCUCCGCUCGGCAGUUCCGUCUUGCAUUCAAGACAGUCAUUCAAGUCACGGCGCCUCCAUCACCCUUGGCCAACAGUCAACCAGUGCUCCCCUCCAUCCUACUUGAAGUACUGCGGGAUCGCGCACUGAAUGGGUCCACGACUCCCAUCACCCCGACAUCCGGGAAUAGUUCGUCUGGUAUGGACACUGAAAUUCCUCUUUCGGCAAAAGCUGUGCUCACUCUGGCACUGAUCGACUCGUUAUCUUUCCUCCGAGUAGAUGACCUGGAGGAUUGGCUUCCUCUAACAGCAGAUUUAAUAAAUACCAUUGAAGACCGAACUAUGCGCCAUACCUGUGUUGAUCGGUUCUGGGAGGCAUUGAGCAUGGGUGAGAUGGAUGUUGACCGAGCCCACUGUUGUGUCAAUUGGUGGAGCACUCAAGGUGGUCGAGAAUUGGUUCUUUAUGGUGCCGAGCCUACCCCAGGAGCUGAAUCCAAGGCGGAGGAAAUUGGACCAUUUAUGAGUGGUGCCGUUGGUCGGGUAGCACCGGAGAGUAAGCUGUGA